AGUUCAUAUCUAAGCUCCAACUUGUACAGUCAAAAUACAUAUCAGUGUAAAGAAAAUAUACAGGAAUAUAAAUCACAGAGAAAGAAUAUUUUUAAUUUAACUAAACUGCUUGUGAAUACAAAAAUGUUUUGGUUUUUAAGAAGAACUGGUGCGGCAAACUUCCUCAGUUCUUUCAACAACAACUGCAAUUCAAAUUCUUCAAAGAUAGCAUACAAAAACGAGAAAAACACCUCAGAAAGAAAUAAUUCCUGGCUUCGUUUUCGCUAUGGCAGGUUAAGUGUUGGUGCUGAUGACUCUGAUGAACUUAAUAAUCUCAAUAAAAAAUGUGACAUCGAUGAAGUUGUAGUUGAAGUUAAUUCAAAACGAUGCGAAAAAACUGAUAGUCAAUAUUUGGACGCAAAUGGAAAUCCAAUAACCGAUGGCGGAUGUGAAUGUUUGGCCGUUGAGAUUGAUACUCAAAUCAAAAGGACAAUAGAUGAAUCAAACUCGAACCAUUACAUCGACGACAACAUAAUGAAAAAGCUUCAGAAAAUAGCAAUUUCCGAUGAAGACUAUGAUGAGUCACUCACUUGUAAUGUUUGCGAUAGAGCCUUCCGAUGUCACCGUCAACUCGCUUCGCAUCAACAGAAGAAGAGACACUUUGGGUGUGGUGCGUGUGAUACAAUUUUUCCAUCAUUGAUGAUCUUGGAGCAUCACAAGGAAGAGUAUGAACAUUGGAGUGACUCGGAAGAUUACCAACAACCGUGCUGUCGACGUAAUCGUCGAGAGGAUUACGAUUUUUCAGAUUCAGAAGCAUUCACCAGCGAUGCUGAGAGUGAAGACUUGGAAAGGCUUUUGCGAACGGGUGCUGUAAAUUUUUUCAAUUCAAUCAAUAACAAUUACUCAACAAAGUCGCAUUCUAUCAAUGUGUAUAAUAAUUCAGGUAAAAACAACUCGAGGCAACGUUUUCGCUAUGGGAGAUUAAGCGUCGAUUCUGAUGAUCAAAUUUUUAACAACAAAACCGAUGACGCUGAUGGAAAUUUAUUAAUGAACGACGAAAAUGUAAAAUAUUCUUAUUGUGAGAGCUUGCGGAAAACUCAGUGCGUCGAUAAGAAUGGAAACAGCGAAGUGACUGACAGUAUUAAUAAUAAUUUCUUAGCUGAUGUCGGACAUGACCACGCUGAAUGUGCUGAUUCUAAAAAGCAAACCGAUCAAAAAGCUAUCAAUCGGUUACAGCUAAUGGCAAUGUCUGAUGAUGAUGACGAUUAUGAUGAGUCUUUAACGUGUAACGUUUGUGAUAGAGCUUUCCAUUGCCACCGACAGCUGGCUUCUCACCAGCAAAAAAAGCGACAUUUCGGUUGUGGUGGUUGCGAUACGAUAUUCCCAUCUUUAAUGCUUUUAGAGCAUCACAAAGAAGAAUAUGAACACUGGAGCGAUUCAGAGGAGUAUCAAAGACCGUGUUGUCGACGGAAUAGACGAAAUGAUUUAGAAUACUCCGAUUCGGAUACGUGUACAAGUGAUGCUGAGAGCGAAGACUUGGAGAGGCUUUUAUAAAAGGAAAAAUAAGCAGAACAUAACGUAAUUGUGAAAAAUGAAGAAUUUUUUUCUUAUCUCCUCCCCCACUUAAACGAGAAUGUGUGUAAUGUUAAAAAGCUAAGGAAGAGAAGUCUCAUUGAAGGGAAAUAUAUGAAAGAGGGUAGAAAAGAUGAGAUCUAUUUCAAUUAUGUACACGUUAUCUUGGCUAGCAUAUCGACUCCCCUUCCAAUAAAAAUAUGAAUUUAUUUAGAAAAUCCCACAUAAAGGGAAUACUUGUAAAGUCCGACUUCCUUUUGUAUUGCAUUCAUGCGAUGGAGAGAUAACAAAAAUUAAUAUAAUUAAUUUCUCGACCCUUUUCAAAAGUUUCCAUCGUGAAUUCAACGACCAAAACAUUUUCCUCGAAUACCUUUUGCCGUCAAAAGCAGUCGUAAAAGCACUUUGCCAAUUAAGCAGACGGAAGUUUUCAAAAGAAACAACUUUAAAGCUUUUGAAACUACCCAUUUUACAUGAUUGAUGUUGAUGAAAUUUUGAAACGAAAAGACUCUUUAAAGAUGAAAAUUUAUCAAAGGAUUCAAAAGAAAAUUCAUUAAAGUCAAAAAAUAUUUCCUUCAAUUAAUUAAGCUGCAGUUGAUCAAAACUUUCAAACUUAUUUAUCAAAAAUUUAUCUCAAUUACUUUUGUUAAUAUUAAUAAAGAAUCUUUUCAGUUUUACUCCAUUAAAUUAACUUAUAAAAAAUUAGAAACGCGUUAAGCAUAAACAUCCAUUAAAUUACAAUUUUGAUGAUGAUAUAAAGCGAGUCGCUAUAAAUAAAAUUCGAUACAGACCGUUGCGUCAAUGUCAUUACUUCAGCAUCAUGCACCAUUAAAACCAUUACGAGCAGUUCUGCUUAACGCUCGACGAUCUCAAAGCGUAAAUUCAAUUUGAUGGGAUGAAAUAAAAACCAAAUAAAAAAAGGAAGCCAGUAAUGAGAGCUUGAUUUUGACGUUGAUAACGUAACCUGAUGGCAAGUGAGGCACUAUCACGUAGAUAUGAAUGUUCAACAUAAAAAUAUCAUUAUGAACGGACAUCAAGAAUCAUUAUAAAAAGCUUACAAAUAGAAAAGCUUUAAUGUUUUAAAUGAUGGGGUGUAGAUAGAUGCUCUGAAUGUAUAUAUAUAUUGAAAUGUUAGAGAAUAUAACUGAAUGUUUACAUGUGAUCAGAACUAAUAAAGAAGAUUCAAAACAAGAAA